UAUUUGUUGGUUGUAACAGACAAACAGUCCAGCGCAGCAUCCACUCCGAAUUAAAUCUGCUGUCCCAUUUUUGUUUUAUUUUCAUUCUCUCUCCGCCGGCGUCACCGCUAGGUUUUCCGCGACGAUGAUUCCCUAUCAGUCUCUGCAGGAAGCCGAGGCGGUUCUCGGCCGCAACCUGACGGUGGCGGAGACCUUCUGGUUCAAGUACUCCGCCUCCAAAUCCGACUACUUCCUCUAUUGCCACAACAUUCUGUUCCUCUUCUUCAUCUUCUCCGUCGUCCCUCUCCCCAUGGUCUUCCUCGAGAUAAAACGCCUCUCUCGCUUCGACAAGUACAAGAUCCAGCCCAAGGUUCGCUUAUCCUUGGCGGAAAUGCUCAAGUGCUACAAGGACGUCAUGCGAAUGUUCUUCCUCGUCGUCGGUCCCCUCCAACUCGUCUCCUACCCUUCUUUGAAGAUGAUUGGGGUCAGGACGGGGUUGCCAUUGCCGUCGGGUUGGGAGAUCCUUUUCCAAUUGUUGGUGUAUUUCGUGGUCGAAGAUUACACCAAUUACUGGAUCCACAGGUUUCUUCACAACAAGUGGGGUUACGACAAGAUUCAUCGCGUCCACCAUGAAUACCAGGCUCCGAUAGGGUUUGCGGCGCCCUAUGCUCACUGGGCGGAGAUCUUGAUCCUUGGGAUUCCGUCUUUUCUUGGCCCCGCUAUGUGCCCUGGUCACAUGAUUACGUUUUGGUUGUGGAUAGCAUUGCGCCAAAUUGAGGCCAUUGACACGCACAGCGGGUAUGACUUCCCCUGGAGUCCCACAAAAUAUAUUCCAUUCUAUGGUGGCGCUGAUUAUCAUGAUUAUCAUCAUUAUGUUGGUGAACAAAGCCAAAGCAACUUCGCUUCAGUUUUCACAUACUGUGAUUACAUCUAUGGAACUGACAAGGGUUAUAGGUAUCAGAAGAAAGUACUUCGUAAGUUGAAGGAAGAGUUGACAAAUGGUGUUGAGCAGAACGGAGGAUCAUACAAGAUGCAGGAUUAUAAAUCUGACUGAGAGACAGAAGCAUCCUAGACAGUUUCUGAAUGCGUUGCAUGUGGACUCUUUGGAACUACCAAAUUUCUUUUAGAGAUAUAUCUGCCGAUGGUAAAAUAUAUGUCUUUUGUUAGAUUGAGGGUGGAGAUUAGUAGAACCGGGCUUUACAAAUUGUUAUUUUGUGUAAGAAAAGGGAGCGGGGGAGGAAUUUCUUCUGUUGUCAUGUUUUGGAAUUCAAAAAUUUGGUUUUGGUUCAUGUCUAUGUCAGAAUAUUCCUUGC